AUGAAACUUUUUCUGCUCCUGAGUAUUUUCGGAAUCGCAGCUCUGGGAUGGAGUACUGGAAUACUGCGGGAUGGAAUUGGUACUACUCAUUCAUGGUGGAAACAAGAUUUCACUUUGAAACCACAGAGAGUUUGGGUAACUAAAAAAGCAAAAGGGAACUGCACUUGCAAGCCGUACAUAAUUGGGCUAGGACCUUCGCCUCCCGCGAAAUCCAAAAUUCUGACUCUAAGGGAGUGCAUAAAUGAAUGCGAGAUCUAUGAGCAAAGAUUCCGUGACGGUCAAAAAAGUAAAAAAACAUGA